AGGCCUGAAAAUCUCGCAAUGGCUGCUGCUCCCCUUCUGCUAAGAGGGAUUCCACGGCGGCUGAGUCUGACACUCCAACAGCAAAGCAGCUCCUCCGUUUUUGGUUUCUUCGUUUCAGUGGGCAGACCGUCCAUUUGCACGGCUGCCGAGUUCUCCCAGUCUUUGUUGCAAUCUCAGUCUCAAUCUCUGCCCCACGACGAUGCCUGGAGUGCAAAAGAUGCUCUGCAGCGCUCUCGCCUGGACAGCCCCGACUACAGACAGUGGAAAGAUAGAGAAGCCGAGAUACUCCAUGACAUCAAACCCAUAACUUCGCUCGCCAAAGAGAUUAUUCACUCCGACAAGUAUAUGGAUGGGGAGCGUUUGACACCUGACGAUGAGAAAGCUGUGGUGGAGAAGCUCCUUGCAUUUCAUCCACAUUCUGAAGAUAAAAUUGGCUGCGGCCUUGAUUCUAUUAUGGUUGAUAGGCAUCCACAGUUUAGAUGCUCAAGGUGCCUGUUCGUUGUACGAACAGAUGGUGGAUGGAUAGACUUCUCGUACCAGAAGUGUCUUCGAGCGUACAUUCAGGACAAGUACCCUUCUCACGCAGAAAGAUUCAUUAGUAAACAUUUCAAACGUGGCAGUGGAUAGUGGUUUUAACUUGCCAAAGAUGCUUAUAUUGGAAUUGGGUUACCAGAUCACUUGUAAAAAUCCUCCAGGUUGGUUCACAUUUGGGUGUAGGGUUAUCUUGUACCUUCAUCUGCUUGUGCUUGCUUAGGGACAGAGAAGCAGUGACCUCACAUAUAAUGCACAUCUACCAAUUUCUAUUGUAAUAGAUAUAGUAUGGAUCUAUCCUUGUUUUUAUUUUGUUGGUGAUGAAUUCUAAUGUCUUAUGUUUUAGUUGGG